ACACAUCUGACUGUGCAAUCUGGAUGGAAAAGGUUCUUCCCCAGUGAAACAGUGACUCUGAGGUGUGUAAUUCAGAGCAACUCAACAGAGUGGGUGUAUAAAUGGUACAGAGAUGGACAGCAGCUUGCUGUAGACAAGGCUGACUCCAGCAGUGUAAAUGGAGACACAUACACAAUCCUCUCUGUUGAUCAGUCACAUGCUGGACUGUACACCUGCAGAGGAGAACUUAGAAGGAGAGCAUCUGUACACUCUCUGAUUGGCAGCUCUGCUACAUUGAGUGUUCGAGCUCUGCCUCAGGCGGUAGUGACCUUGGAUGAAGGAUGGAUGGGGGUCUUCAUCACUAAAGGCACUCUAGCAAUGAGGUGUGAGCUUCAGGGCUUUACUUCUGCUGACUGGAACUAUACAUGGUACAGAGACGAAAUGCAGAUCUCACUAAACCACACUGGAGAGAGGCACACAGUGGGAUUCUGGGAUAGCUCCUCUGAUGGUGAAUAUAGAUGUAGUGGGAACAGGACAGACAGACCGUACUACUCCCUCAUCAGUGAAGGCUUCAUGCCAAGCCAUAUCAUUUACCGUGCUGUGGAGAAUGUGGUUCGGAUCUGUGUGGGCGUGGCAGUCCUCCUCUUUCUGUCAAUCAUUGUGAAUCCAGCCUUCUGGAGAUGGGUAUCACGCCGGAAGGUGGUACACAGUGGGGAGGAACUGGCUGAACAAACUGAUCGUCCUCGGGCUGUCAUAGUGACAUUUCCCCCAGCCACAGUGAUGUUCACAGGAGAAACUGUUAGCUUAGCUUGUGACAUCAGUAAAGGGUCUGGCUGGAGAUAUUCAUGGAGCAGAAACACCCAGGGAAGAUUAGAGAGCCUCUAUGCCGACAGUACUGAAAGCCAACAAAAGCACAUCCUGCACUCUGUAAGAGAGUCAGACAGUGGAGAGUACCUGUGUCAGGGUGAACGAGGACAAAACCCUGUGAUCCAGUCGUUCCCAGGAUCACUUGUGUUAAAUGUGUUUGGUGACAAGCCAAAGCCUGUUAUUACCCAGAAUCCCCCCAGUGGAGAGCUGUACACAGGAGAGAGAGUCACCCUGAGCUGUGGGUUUGGGGGAGAUCCUGCUGGCUGGGAGUAUCUCUGGUACAAAGACCCACUGAGACACACUGUGCCCAACACUGACAACAGCAGGACUGAUGGGUCCAGUUUCACCAUCAGCUCUGCUGCUCUGGCCCACAGUGGAGAGUACCGCUGUAGAGGUGCAAGAGGAAGAGAACCUUUUUACUCAGACUACAGUGAUCCUCUGACUUUAGAAAUAUCUGGUGAGAACUAUUUCAAUAGUAGAGUGUGGAUUUUAUUUAAGUGCUUUAAUAAUUUAAUAAAAUCAAAGUCCGGGGGAGUCCGCACCGAAGCGGACUCUCUGGAAGUCUUCAUGAGCUCCCCUGCAGACUUGAUGAAUUGUAGAAUUGGGCAGCUCUACCCGCUCUGGACUUCAUGGUAUCUGGUGGAACCCAUUGAAAGAUCAGAAUGCAUCUUUGAAAGCAGGUGUCUUAUGAAGGCUUCCAUUUACAGCAAUAAACUGUCAUGUAAACUUUCAGCUCUCCCACAAGCCCAGCUGACCAUUCAGUCUGGAUGGACAGAGGUCUUCCGCACUGAAACAGUGACUCUGAGGUGUGUAAUUCAGGGCAGCUCUACAGAGUGGAUGUAUAAAUGGUACAGAGAUGGAAGGGAGCUUCCUGUAGACAAGACUGACUCUAGCAGUGUAAAUGGAGACACAUACACAAUCCUCUCUGCUGAUCAGUCACAUGCUGGACUGUACACCUGCAGAGGAGAACUUACAAGGAGAGCAUCUGUACACUCUCAUAAUAGCAGUUCUGCUACUUUGAGUGUACGAGGUGAAAAGCUAAGGCCUGUUAUUACCCAGAAUCCCCUCAGUGGAGAGAUGUACACAGGAGAGAGAGUCACCCUGAGCUGUGGGUUUGGGGGAGAUCCUGCUGGCUGGGAGUAUCUCUGGUACAAAGACUCACUGAGACACACUGUGCCCAACACUGACAACAGCCAGACUGAUGGGUCCAGUUUCACCAUCAGCUCUGCUGCUCUGGCCCACAGUGGAGAGUACCGCUGUAGAGCUGCAAGAGGAACAAAACCUUUUUACUCAGACCACAGUGAUCCUCUGACUUUAGAAAUAUCUGUAUUACCUCAAACACAUCUGACCGUGCAGUCUGGAUGGAAAAAGUUCUUCCCCAGUGAAACAGUGACUCUGAGGUGUGUAAUUCAGAGCAACUCUACAGAGUGGGUGUAUAAAUGGUACAGAGAUGGACAGCAACUUCCUGUAGACAAGGCUAACUCCAGCAGUGUAAAUGGAGACACAUACACAAUCCUCUCUGCUGAUCAGUCACAUGCUGGACUGUACACCUGCAGAGGAGAACUUACAAGGAGAGCAUCUGUACACUCUCUGAUUGGCAGCUCUGCUACAUUGAGUGUUCGAGCUUUGCCUCAGGCGGUAGUGACCCUGGAUGAAGGAUGGAUGGGGGUCUUCAUCACUAAAGGCACUCUAGCAAUGAGGUGUGAGCUUCAGGGCUUUACUUCUGCUGACUGGAACUACACGUGGUACAGAGACGGAACACAGAUCUCACUAAACCACACUGGAGAGAGGCACACAGUGGGAUUCUGGGAUAGCUCCUCUGAUGGUGAAUAUAGAUGUAGUGGGAACAGGACAGACAGACCGUACUACUCCCUCAUCAGUGAAGGCUUCAUGACAAGCAAUAUCAGGCUGUACUUUAUUGUGGCUCUUACUGGUUCUGUCAUCAUUUUCAUAACCCUGGUGGUGCUGGCAGUCCAAUGCUCUAAGAAAUGCAGGACAUCAGGCCGAAUUAAAAAUCUGCCGGAUGGGGGCGAGUUUUACUCCAGGGUAAAUGCAGACUACAUCAGCGCAGAUGGAUUAACAGCCAAUGCUGUGUAUGAGGAAAUAGGCCCUGCCACAGAAACAGAAGGUCAGGACAGAAACGUGUGA